AAGAGACAUGUGUGUUAGUGCAUGAUGAUUGUUUGAAAAGUCUUUUUUUGACAGAUUACACUAGGAAUUUUGUGAGCGGAUAUUCAAAACGCCCACCAGGAGCACAUGAUCCUGAAUAAUUUUGCUAAUGUUCACGAGGAAAAUCAACAUGCAUUUGUUCGCGUCCUUUUGGAUGUAUGUAAUUUUCAUGGAGAAAACAUGCGACAUGUGCUAAAAACAAACUUAUCACUUGAAAAUUUGCUUUUUGGAGCACCAAAUUUUGUUUUGUUUCUCACAUCACAACAUAAGUCAUUUAUUCAUCUAACUUUACAUGUAAAAAAGGACGCACAAAUUAAGAUUUUUAAGAUAUUUUUCUACUGUUUUACUGUUUAUCCGGGAGCCAAAACUUUGUCCCUCUUUUGUGAGAUAUAUUCGCUAUGCUUGAGUAUGCUAAUUCCAAAAAUUAUGCUAUGUAUGAGUCACCACUUUUUUUAUCACAAUUUCCACCUUUUAUGCUCUAUGCACAACUAAGUCUUGUAGAAGAAUUACAAUAAAUAAAUUAUACUACUCCGUCUGACCCAUAUUAAUUAUGCGGCAAUUAAUAUGGAUCCGAGGGAGAAGAAUAGUAUAUUUGUGUACUAUUUGUGCCCAACAUUUUUCUACUACUUCAUUCAAUGGUUUAUCUCACCUGGUUUUUAGAUACUCAGUAUUAAUAUCAGAUAUACUUCCUUACAUAAUAAAUGAAGGUGAAGAGAUAAAAGAUUACAGUGAUGCAAUUGAAGCGAAAAGAGCCGAAAAUAUAGGGGGCUCCCUCUAGCUCUAGAGAGAGAAAAUAGGCGCCCAUGCGGGCGUGCCCAAUAGCGUUGCUCCCUGUACCUUUCAGCUUUAUAAUCCCCCCACAAAUCUCUCCCCACUCCCUCGCCCUCCCCUCUCUCUCCUCCCUCAAAACUCUCCCUCCCUCCCUGAAAAUUCUCCGCAUACUGGGUGCCCAAGUGGUGCCGGCAUCUCGCUGAGGCGCGCGCGAGAGAGGGACAGAGAGAGAUUCUCCCCUGUCUCCACUCCCCCGCCGCUCCACCGAGACCCGCCGCCGAGCCGGGAGGAGGAGCUGCAGCUCAGCUCCGUCGCUGUUCAGCCCCCGGCCCCGAGCUGAUCGACCCGCCGGCGGCGAGAUUCGGCCAGGGCACGACGGAGAGAUGUACCGGGUGAAGAGCGAGAGCGACUGCGAGAUGAUGCAUCAGGAGGACCAGAUGGACUCGCCGGUGGGCGACGACGGCAGCAGCGGAGGGUCGCCCCACAGGGGCGGCGGGCCGCCUCUGAAGAAGGGCCCCUGGACGUCGGCGGAGGACGCCAUCCUGGUGGACUACGUGAAGAAGCACGGCGAGGGGAACUGGAACGCGGUGCAGAAGAACACCGGGUUGUUCCGGUGCGGCAAGAGCUGCCGCCUCCGGUGGGCGAACCACCUCAGGCCCAACCUCAAGAAGGGGGCCUUCACCCCCGAGGAGGAGAGGCUCAUCAUCCAGCUCCACUCCAAGAUGGGCAACAAGUGGGCUCGGAUGGCCGCUCAUUUGCCAGGGCGUACUGACAAUGAAAUAAAGAAUUACUGGAACACUCGAAUAAAGAGAUGUCAGCGAGCUGGCUUGCCAAUAUAUCCUGCUAGCGUAUGCAACCAAUCUUCAAAUGAAGAUCAGCAGGGCUCCAGCGAUUUCAACUGCGGCGAGAAUCUUUCCAGUGACCUUCUGAAUGGAAAUGGUCUUUAUCUGCCAGAUUUUACCUGUGACAAUUUCAUUGCUAAUUCAGAGGCUUUAUCUUAUGCACCACAGCUUUCAGCUGUUUCAAUAAGCAGUUUGCUUGGUCAGAGCUUUGCAUCCAAAAACUGCGGCUUCAUGGAUCAAGUAAACCAAGCAGGGAUGCUAAAACAGUCUGACCCUUUACUCCCUGGAUUGAGCGACACCAUCAAUGGCGCGCUCUCCUCGGUCGAUCAGUUCUCAAAUGACUCUGAGAAUCUCAAGAAGGCUCUGGGUUUUGACUAUCUCCAUGAAGCCAACUCUAGCAGCAAGAUGAUUGCACCAUUUGGGGGUACACUUACUGGCAGCCAUGCCUUUUUAAAUGGCACCUUCUCUACUUCUAGGACCAUCAAUGGUCCUUUGAAGAUGGAGCUCCCUUCACUCCAAGAUACCGAAUCUGAUCCGAAUAGCUGGCUCAAGUAUACCGUGGCUCCUGCGAUGCAGCCUACGGAGUUGGUUGAUCCCUACCUUCAGUCUCCGACAGCAACUCCGUCAGUGAAGUCGGAGUGUGUGUCGCCAAGGAACAGCGGUCUCUUGGAAGAGCUGCUUCAUGAAGCUCAGGGACUAAAAUCUGGGAAGAAUCAGCAGCUUUCCGUGAGAAGUUCAAGUUCCUCUGUCAGUACGCCGUGUGAUACUACGGUGGUUAGCCCAGAGUUUGAUAUCUGUCAGGACUAUUGGGAAGAACCUCUGAAUGAAUAUGCUCCUUUCAGUGGCAAUUCACUCACUGGAUCCACGGCUCCUGUUAGCGCUGCGCCGCCUGAUGUUUUUCAGCUCUCCAAAAUUUCUCCUGCACAAAGCCCUUCGCUGGGAUCUGGUGAGCAGGCAAUGGAGCCUGCAUAUGAGCCUGGGGCUGGGGACACUUCGUCUCAUCCUGAAAACUUCAGGCCAGACGCACUCUUCUCCGGGAACACAACUGACUCGUCCGUCUUCAACAACGCCAUAGCCAUGCUCCUGGGCAACGACAUGAACACGGACUGCAAGCCUGUUUUCGGCGACGGUAUCGUGUUUGAUACUUCCCCGUGGAGCAACAUGCCACAUGCUUGCCAAAUGUCGGAGGAAUUCAAAUGAAUUCCUUGCCGAACCUUGAGCGGUAUCGAUGGAGAUUCUUGGUAUCCCUCACCCUGAUUGUUUUGAGGAAGAAUUCAGAGAAAGCCUCAUCGAUUGUAUACCUGCGUGCUCGCCGUCGACAGGUCCUUGAUGGCAUAUGCGGCUGCUACCAGAUGUGCUCUCCAUGCAACUAAGCCCCCUUUUCCCCAAUAAAGUUGGUGGAGAUAAGCCGGUUAUCUAUUUUUUGUUUGUUUGUUUCGAACUAGAGAACCCUUUUUUUUGUCAUCUCCGUGGCAUUUAUUUGAACAAUGUAAGAUCAGUUACUGCUUUUCUUCUGGCGUACUCUCUCUUGCUGAACAUUUCCCCUCAAAUUGUCAAUCGAUAGCAGCAUCUUUUUUUCUCGCA